CUUCCGGGUUGAGUCUGGUCGCGGAGCCUAAGCGACUUCUCCUCACACACCUGCAGCUUCGUGUGGGUUCCCACUGGAGUUCGUGUCCUGGAAGGUUCCAGACCAGGCAUCACUGGAAAUGAUAACCCUCCUUGCUUUGCUUCUGGUCUUGGGCCUGCCACAGGUGGAGAGCAAUCUCACCGUGUCUGGAAGACAAGAUGCUGUCCUGAGGUGUCACGUUUGUGAGGAGGAGAACAGUUUCGAGUGCAAAAGGCCGGAAAACUGUGACAAUGGCUCCACGCACUGUGUCUCGGCCGCCGUGAGAGUAUUUCCACGGUUCUUCCUUAUUUCCAAGCAGUGUGCGCUGAACUGUGGGAUGAAUGAGGCAUUUUCGCGGAUGGCCAGGUCGUUUGUGCUCGUAAAGCCCACACCCUUUCUGUACCUGGCAUGCUGUACAUCCGACCUGUGCAACAUCCAGAAACCAAUCAUCAGAGAAAACACAGAAGAUGCUUACUUGAAGUUCAUCAAGGGGCAGGGCACGGGCAGCAGCGCCGGGCUGAUGCCUUUCCUGACACUGGCCUCUGCGCUCCUGGGCCUCAGGCUGCUGUGA